GCCCACUUUCCGUCACGUGGGGCAGUUUGGCGCGCUUUUGGAAGCGGGUCGCUCCCCGGUUGCUCCUGGCAACGAUAACUUCGCCGCCCCGAUGAUGCGGAGCCGGGAGGAGGUGGACGCGACGCUGCAAGUCGCCAAACUAGACCCGGCGGAGCUGCUGCCGGCCGCGCAGUGCCUCAGCUUCAGCGCCCAGGCGGACGCGGGCGACUGCUACCUCUUGCAGCUGGAGCCGGAGCUUUGCGUCGAGUUGGAGGCGGGGCGGAGCCUUGUGAUCCGUGGGGAUAAAGAGGAUCAUGCUGUGCUGUGCAGCCAGGAUAAGACAUAUGAGAUGAAAAUAGCAGAUACCUCCAAUAUGCUGCUUUUCAUGCCAGCCUGUGAAACUCCCGAGAAGCUCUGCGCAGACAACCCUCCAUCUGUCAUUCACACUCAGAUUGCCGGCUUUUCCAACAAUUACUGGGAAGUAAGACGAUGUCGACCCAAGCUAAAGAGACUCAAGAAACUCUUAAUGGAAAAUCCUUAUGAAGGGCCAGAUGGGGAGAAAGAGAAAAUGCCAACUAACCCAAAGUACACAACAGACGAUUUGCUAGAUCAGAUCCAAGCAAGUGAAGAAGAAAUAAUGCAUCAGCUGGAGAUUCUAAAAGCUUGUCAAGUUGAAGGAUAUUGGAGGAUUCUAGAUUUCGAUUACGAGAUGAAACUGCUGAAUCAUGUGACCCAACUGAUAUAUACAGAGUCAUGGUCAUUCAGCAAGGUUCCUUUAAGUGUCUGCCUUCAAGAACUCGGACCCCUGGAGCCCAGGGAAAUGAUAGCGCACAUUCUUAGGAGUUAUGGAAGACAAACCAUCAGUGAAGGUGAGACUUUCUUUGAAAUGAAUGAAGAGCAGAUAUGCAGGGCCACAGCGCAAAUGCUCUUGCAAAACGCAGUCAAGUUCAGCCUCUCAGAGUUCCAAGAUGUUUGGCAGCAAAGUGUCCCUGAUGGAAUGACAACUAAGCUAGACCAGUUAAAGUGUCUGAAUGGACGAGCCUCCAUUCACAUCCUUAUGGGGUGGUGGUAUGUCUCUGAUUAUGAGACACCAAGACAGGGGCGUACAGCUCAGGGGGACAUAUGGGGUCAAAGUCCUCUGGCUGCGGCCAUUUAG